UAAUCAGUCUCUAGAGACACAGAUACUUCUCUCUUUUUAUUCGCCAAACAAUUCUACACACAUAAACGAAACAUAUAAUGUCCCAUUGUCGAACAAGCCAGUCAGCAUAAGCUUUCGAUCGAUUUUUCCUUCUAUAAACCCUAAUUCAUCAGAUGGCUUCAUCUCGCAAACUGAUCGUAGAAGUUGUGGAUGCACGCGAUCUGAUGCCAAAAGAUGGACACGGCACUUCAAGUCCUUACGUUAUGAUUGACUACUACGGCCAACGAAAGAAAACUCGCACUGAGAUUCGUAAAUUGAACCCCUCAUGGAAUGAGGCUCUUGAGUUCAACGCGGGUAAGCCAUCAGAAGUUUUCAGUGACAUGCUUGAACUCGAAGUCUACCACGAUAAAAAUUAUGGACCUACCACGAGAAACAAUUUUCUCGGUAGGCUUCGUUUGAGUUCGAGUCAGUUUGUUAAGAAAGGAGAGGAAGCUUUGAUUUAUUAUAAUCUUGAGAGAAAAAGUUUACUGACUUGGGUACAAGGGAAAAUUGGGUUGAAGAUUUAUUAUGUUGAUGCUGUUCCAGUGCCGCAGCCGGGUCCUCCAACGGAAAAUAAUCCACCUGCUCCUGAAGAGGCGAAAGCUGAAGAAGCGAAGCGUAAUGAAAAGGUUGAAGCUUCUUCAAACCCUGAACCGUCACCUCCGGCUGAUGAGAAACCCGCUGAAGAACAGCCCUCAGGUGAAGCCAAAGCUGAAACUGAAGCUACAGGACAACCACCAGCUCCGGAAAAUGUGGCGCCUGAAGGGGAAAAGGAACCUCAACCUGACACGUCAUCACCACCACAACAAGAGCAACCUCCUGAAGGAAAAGAGCAAGAACCACCACAAAUCGCUCAAGAACAAAAUCUACCUCACCCAGUGCAAGAGCAAGGUGAUAUUGAGUUUGAUCUAAGUGGAUCCAAGUGGGGCCAGCCGGAAAUUACCUCCGAACAUGUGAUGGCGGCAGCGGCUUCCGGAUCACAGCCGCAGGUGAAAGCAGCUUCUCCUAUCAACGCUCCACGGCCAAUCUCAAGGACAAUGUCUGUGCCAAGCUUCGCCUCGGACUUACCGGAUAAUAUUUCCAUCGAACGGUCGUCGUUCGAUCUGGUGGAGAAGAUGCAUUACCUCUUUGUACGUGUAGUCAAAGCGCGGUUCUUACCCAUCAAUGGUAGCCCGGUUGUAAAGAUAUCAGUUGGAAACAACUGCACCGAAUCAAAACUAGCCCGAAAGACUUCGUUUUUCGAGUGGGACCAGACAUUUGCUUUCGGCCGCGACUCACCUGAAUCUUCUGUUUACUUAGACAUCUCCGUAUGGGACCCACCGAGAGGUGAAGUGUCAGAGAGAGGUAACUUCUUAGGUGGGAUUUGCUUCGACAUUACAGACAUCCCACUGCGGGAUCCUCCGGACAGCCCUUUGGCCCCACAGUGGUACAGGCUAGAGGGUGGUGAAGCCCACAAUGGAGACCUUAUGCUUGCCACGUGGGUUGGUACUCAGGCUGACGACUCAUUCCCUGAUGCAUGGAAAACCGACACAGCCGGUCACGUUAACUCUAAAGCCAAAGUUUACGUCUCACCAAAGUUGUGGUAUCUGAGGGCCACUGUAAUUGAAGCACAAGACAUUUUUCCGUCAGUAGCGGCGUUAAAAGAUGCUUCUUUCACAAUCAAAGCUAAGUUAGGCUUCCAGGUACAAAAGACCAAGGCUUCCUGUACACGUAACGGCACUCUGUCAUGGAAUGAAGAUCUUCUCUUUGUCGCGGCCGAGCCAUUGACAGACAAGUUGAAAUUUGAACUAGAAAACCGGCAACCUAAAGGACCAGUGACACUAGGGAUCACCACAGAGAUCCCACUUAAAAACAUAGAGAGGCGAGUUGAUGACCGGGUAGUUGCGUCUACAUGGUUCAGCUUUGAAAACACAACCAAUGAUAAGAGAGUUUACAAAGGUAGAGUCCAUUUAAGGUUAUGUUUUGAUGGCGGAUAUCACGUGAUGGAUGAGGCAGCGCUCGUGUGCAGUGACUACCGACCGACUGCGAGGCAGCUGUGGAAACCGCCGGUGGGAACCAUUGAACUCGGCGUGAUUGGAUGCAAGAACUUGUUACCUAUGAAAACGGUUUUCGGUAAAGGCACGGCAGAUGCUUACGUGGUAGCUAAAUACGCAUCCAAGUGGAUUCGGACACGUACGGUCUCUGACAGCUUGGAGCCACGCUGGAAUGAGCAGUACACGUUUAGGGUUUACGAUCCAUGCACGGUUUUAACCAUCGGAGUGUUUGACAGUUGGGGAGUCUUCGAAGCUGACAAUGUUAAUAAAGAAACGACACGUCCUGACUGUCGUAUUGGUAAGGUACGGAUACGUAUUUCUACCUUGGAGACGGGCAAAGUGUAUAGAAAUACGUAUCCGUUGCUUCUGUUGGGAAACAAUGGGACAACUAAAAUGGGUGAGAUAGAAUUGGCUGUAAGGUUCAUACGUUUGAGUCCAACGUUGGAUUUCCUACACGUGUACUCUCAGCCUUUGCUACCUUUAAUGCAUCAUAUAAAGCCGCUUGCGUUGGUCCAACAGGAAAUGUUGAGGAGCACAGCUGUGAAGAUCAUAGCCGCACACUUGACGAGAUCAGAGCCGCCGCUUAGGCAAGAGGUGGUGCAUUACAUGCUGGAUUUCGACUCCCACGCUUUCAGCAUGCGUAAAGUCCGUGCAAAUUGGUUCAGGAUCAUCAACGUGAUUGCGGGCGUGAUUGAUAUCAUGCGGUGGGUAGACAACACGCGCGCGUGGAAGAAUCCAACGGCUACUAUACUUGUGCAUGCAUUGCUGGUGAUGCUAGUGUGGUUCCCUGAUUUGAUUGUCCCCACACUAGCAUUGUACGUGUUCGUGAUUGGUGCAUGGAACUACAGAUUUCGAUCAAGGGACCCACUGCCACACUUUGAUCCGAAGCUCUCAUUGGCUGACACAGUUGAACGGGAAGAACUCGAUGAAGAGUUUGAUGCAGUGCCUAGUACCAGACCGAAUGAAGUGGUAAGGAUCAGAUACGACAAGCUACGGACGCUUGGAGCACGUAUCCAGACGUUAUUGAGUGAUUUCGCCACACAAGGAGAACGAGUGCAGGCAUUGGUGACGUGGAGGGACCCACGUGCGACGGGCAUAUUCGUAGUGUUAUGUUUGAUCGUGGCAUUGGUACUGUAUUUAGUACCGUCGAAAAUGGUGGCAAUGGCGUUUGGGUUCUACUAUCUCCGGCAUCCGAUGUUCCGUGAUCGGAUGCCAUCACCGGCGUUGAAUUUCUUCAGGAGGCUGCCAUCACUGUGUGAUCGAAUCAUGUAGUUUGAUAGGGAGGCGUCUGAAUUUUACCAAUUAGUAAUAGCCUUAAUUUUAUAUUUUAAAAGUAAUUAAUGUGUAAGUGAUAUAAAAAGCCUCCUUAUUAUUUCCUAAGAAAGCGGGAGACUAUUUAAGCAUUAAAUAAAUUUAAUUUCUAUAACAA